UACUAAUCCUUGCACCACGGUGUCAAACCCUAGACCAGCGUACCGUGUGAAAAAACCUUCAUAGACGGACAGACGUGCAAUUUCACAGUUUUAUGUAAUGUUUCGUGUUGACUUUGAACGAUGUAAGUUCAAGGCAUCAGCCGGCGAGCCGCUCUGUGUAUACAGCCUUAUUUAUUAGUGUGAUUUUUUAAAAAGCGGCUGUGUUUAUUUUAUACGAGAAAUAAAUUGAUUUAGAAAACGAAACCGACCUAAUAUAUAGCUUUAAUUUUACAAUUAAGUAUUAUUUUAAAUAUUUAAUUAAUUACUUACUUACAUAGUGGUAUUUGUGAAAAGUGAAAAUGUGUAAAUCCUUUGUGAAAGCAUUGUUUCUUGUGUUCACUGCUAUAAUUUCAUGCGAUGGACAGAGUGAGUUCAUGUUGCCAUUCGGCCCGGACACCCUUCGGCAAAUCAUCAGGACCAAGACCCCACUGCCAUCAGGUCGCAAGGCUACUUUAAGCGAUGUCAGACUACAUUAUUAUGGGGGAAAUUCAACUGAAGAUGUAAAGACAUAUCGACUGAACACGAUUCAAGAUGUACUACAAGAGUCCAGCUUUGAUUCUGAAAAACCAACCGUGUUUUACGCUCAUGGUUUCGUCGAGCUAGCAGAAGACGAGAGCGUGCGUACGGUGGUGGGUGCUUACCUGCGCGCGGGCGGACACAACGUGGUGGUGGUGGACUGGGCCAACCUCGGUUUCGGAAGCUAUCUGCAGGCCGGACGGAAUGUGCAGCUGGUGGGUCGCGACCUCGGCCGGCGCCUCCUUAAGCUCACCACCCUGGGAUUGCCCGCGGCGCGCCUGCACCUCGUGGGACACUCGCUGGGAGCGCACCUAGUGGCGUAUGCUGCUAGGCAGAUGAAGACUAAGGACGUUGUUGUGCCUAGGAUAACCGGCUUAGACCCGGCCAUGCCCGGGUUCUACCCGCCGCUGUCGUUCCUAGGCGACCACGUCACCGCUGAUGAUGCGGCCUUCGUCGACAUCAUACAUACAGACGGCGGUCGCUACGGCGCGUCGACCAAGACGGGGCAUGCGGACUUCUGGCCCAACGGCGGCACCGCGCGCCAGCCCGGCUGCCAGAUCAAUACCGUGCUCUUCACUUACGAAGACUUCUGCGGGCACUGGCGCUCGUGGCGGUUCUGGGUGGAGUCGCUGGGCGGGCCUGGGUUCGACUCCCGCCCGUGUACCGACUACGAGGCCUUCACGCGCGGCGAGUGCAAGACGGCACCCGUGGCGUAUAUGGGCGAGAAGGCUGAUAAGGAUCUGCGAGGCAACUUCUACCUGAGGACAGCUGGAACUAAACCGUUCUCUCUGGGAGCACGCGGGGCAGAGUGAUACAAGUAACGUUUAACUAUGUUCUAUGCUUAGUUUGUAUUGUAUUCAUGUGCCUGCUAUUUUAUUUUACCUAGUAAGUAAUUAAGUAGAAUUAUUUUGGAAUAAAUUACGAUUUAAACCGUA